CGAACCCAUUAGUAGAUGCACCAAACCAUUUGUGUUCUUUAAUCAUACACCCACCCAACCCAUAGUUUCAAUGGCUUCUAGGAGGAUUCUAAAAGAGCUCAAAGACUUGCAAAGAGACCCUCCAGCCUCAUGCAGUGCUGGUCCUGUGGCUCAAGACAUGUUCCAUUGGCAAGCGACCAUCAUCGGUCCAAACGAUAGCCCAUACGCUGGUGGUGUGUUCCAAGUGACAAUCCAUUUCCCUCCAGACUACCCUUUCAAGCCUCCAAAGGUUGCCUUCAGGACCAAAGUAUUUCAUCCAAAUAUAAACAACAAUGGUAACAUUUGUCUGGAUAUUCUCAAGGAUCAAUGGAGUCCUGCACUAACCAUAUCCAAGGUUUUGUUGUCAAUAUGUUCCUUGCUGACAGACCCGAACCCGGAUGACCCGUUGGUCCCAGAAAUCGCGCAUAUGUGCAAGAUAGACAAGGUCAAGUACGAAGCCAUGGCUCGUAGUUGGACACAAAAGUAUGCCAUGUAUUGAAAUAUUCUUGUAUGAUCUUUGAAGAGCCUCACAAAAUGCAAAGAAUUAAAGAUAAUUGGAUGAUGAGGAAUAUGAAAGAAUUGUAAUUGUAUUUGCAUUUGCAUUUGCAUUUGUGAUAGAUGGUUUUAAAGGUGAUGUUGGAGUCUGAUUUGAAUUUUGAAUAAAUGGUACUGUUUUUCUUUUUCCCAAAA